AUGUCUUUGGCUCAUUUUCAAGUUGCAUUAUGGAAAAACAUACAUACCCGUAGGUAUAACCGAGUGCUAACCUUUUUGGAAUUCAUCGUGCCUAUCUUGAUAUUCUACGAAGGUUUGAGUUUCCGCGAACUACUUCAACCAAUCAGUAAUGAAAAUGAAACAUCAACUCGAAAAUUCGCAUUGAAUAAAACAUCUCAUCAGAAUUUCAACAUUACAAUUGUGUACACGCCUAAAAAUUCGUCUACUUUAAAGAUAAUCGAAGACGUCGCCAAAAGAUUAGGCGUUGAUCAUUAUGAGAGCACUACAGAUGUAUCGGCAUUGAAAAGUCACCUAACUGAUUCGUUGAACCGUACUACAUCGAAAUUGCAAAAAAUGUUUGGCGUGUAUUUCAGAUCGGACCUUAAUAAUGAUAAAAAAUUUAAAUAUACGAUUGUGACAUUGUAUCCUUAUUUGCUGAAAGAUUCACGAAGAAUAUUUGCUGAUACAUUCGAAGUUGCCAAAGACAAGAAAGAAGCCCUCACAAUACCAUACUACAUUGCCACAGAAAAACAUUCGGGCAUGAAAGAAAUGAUGAAAAUGACGGGAAUUAGCGAACUGACCAUUUGGUUUGGAUGGAUUACGUACUCCCUGAUGAUUUAUCCAUUCGUUACAAUAAUUAUCGUCAUAAUUCUAAAGACUGGUGUCACAUCUGAUCCAUUUUACAACUAUGUUGAUCCUACUUUGGUGUGGAUGAUUUUAAUUUUGUAUUCUAUAGCGAAUAUGGUGUUUCUGUUUGCUAUUAGUAGUGUGAUAACAAAACAUUGGGUUGCUAUUGUAUUCAGUAUGGUGAUUAGUUUCCUUUCGUCGGCACCAGUUGGGCUAACAUCUUUUACAAACGCGUACGAUGAUCAAGGAUGGAACUAUGUACGUCACGCGUUACUCUGUUUCUGUCCGAAUCUCGUGCUGUAUAAUUCGUUGAAAGCUUUGCAAUAUUUCGAAUUAAAGGAGAAGAAUACCAGUUGGUCAUCGGUUGUUACUGAUAUCAAUGAUCCGCAGAUAUACUCGUUGAGAUCAAUUUUAACCUAUUUCGUAUUGAAUAUAAUUCUGAAUAGUAUCGUAGUAAUUUACGUUAGUACCGUUCGUCCUGGAAGAUUUGGUUAUGGAAAGCAUCCUUUAUUCUUCAUCACUGCUAUUUUCAAAUUUUUUCGUAAAAGGAAAAAAUCAAUCUACAUGCAAGAUAGUGAUUCACUGGCCAAUCAAUUUAUCGAACCAUUGGAUGAAAAUGAAAUUGGUAUUCAAAUUCAGGACUUACAUAAGCAUUUCGGGUAUUUCAUCAAGCAUUCUGCUUUGAAGAACGUCAAUUUAAAUAUCCCCAGAGGUGAAAUAACCGUUAUUUUAGGUCAUAACGGUGCUGGAAAAUCGACUUUAUUGAAUGCUAUUUGUGGCAUGUCUUCAAAAACUGGAGGAGAACUAUAUCAAAACAUCGAUGGUGAGCUGAGAAACACUCACAAACUCAUUGGAAAAUUGGGAUUCUGUCCGCAACACAUCAUCUAUUUUAAUUAUUUAACGUUGGAGGAGCAUAUCUUAUUUUUUGGAAUGGCGAGAGGUUUGACCCAAACUAAAGCAACUAGAGAAGCAAAGUAUCUAUUGAAUGUUUUUGAAAUGCAAGAAAAAAACAGUAAUUUUGUGUAUGAACUUUCUGGUGGAAUGAGAAGAAAAUUGGGAUUACUGAUUGCAUUAAUUGGUCGCCCUCAGAUUCUGAUACUAGAUGAACCUACCAGUGGCAUGGAUGUGAAUAGUCGUCGCAUGACGUGGGAUGUGUUAAAAAAAAUAAAAAGAAAUCGUAUCAUUAUCAUGGCAACGCAGGAUAUGGAAGAAGCAGAUGUGGUUGGAAAUCGCAUAGCCAUAAUGCACGAUGGGCAGAUCUUUUGUUAUGGGCGUUCUAAUUUUUUAAAAGAGCUGUUCGGCACUGGCUACAACUUGACACUGUCAAAAGGGUAUGAUUUUGAUGAAGAAAAUACCACGAACCUCAUCCAAAGUGUAAUCUCAUCUGCUAGUGUAACUUCCAAUACGGAAUCGACGAUCGACUAUAAUUUACCAUUGUUGGGUAACAACUCAUUUUCUACGUUAUUCAGGUUUAUAGAAGAGAACAUGGCUGCUUUAUCCAUAACUCAUAUUCAGAUGUCUUGUACUACAAUGGAUCAAGUUUUUUUGAAUGUAACUUUCCUCGCGGAUAAAAAUACGGAAAAAUCCUCGAAUGUUACCCAACUACCUACUAAAGAUUUACCGAUUGAAUUACGGAGUGGUAUAUCACUCGUCGUCCUUCAGAUGGUAGCAUUGUUUAUGAAAAAAUUUAAGCUUGCAUACAGGAGGCAUAAUCGUUUCUUAAUAUAUAUUUUGCUAGCAGUGCUUUUAGGAUGCGCAAACAUCUACAUUCUCACGUGGAAUUACUCAAUUUUUGGCAGUACUCAGUAUCCUUGGAUAAAUUUUGAGUUGAAAACAUAUCCGCAUUCGCAAUCCAUCAUAUUUCAUUUGGGAGAUGAUCAAUCCGAAUUCAAGAAAUUAUACAAAGAGGUGGUCGAAUCUGGAGGUUCGCAUGUGCGCAUUGAAAAUAAUGUAGAUGUUGCUGAAAAAAUUUCAGCAUAUGGCAAUCAUAAUUUGUACGAAUAUCGUGAUAAUUUGGUCGCUGGAGUGGUACUAACCAAAACUGAGAAAAAAGUCUUGUAUAAUGAAUUGAUACCACAUAGUCCACCGAUAUCACUGAACAUUUAUAGCAAUGCAUUGUUACGCUAUUUAUUGAAAAAUACCAGCUAUAAUGAGUCAUCAAUUCAGGCGGCUUACGAGCCGGUAUCAGCGACUCAGCGUAGCACUAACUGUGCAGAGUCAGAUAUAUCAUCCUUGACACUUCCUUUAUUCUGGUGGAUUUUCAUUUUUCAUUCAGCGUUGCUGGCUUUAUUCGUCUUUUUCAUUUCUUUCGUGAUUUCUGAACGAGUUCACGGCAUCAAACACAUUCAAACGAUGUCUGAUCUCAGCGAAUGGACCUACUGGUUGGGAAAUUUCAUUUUUGAUUUUCUCUUCUACGUUUUCAUAGUUGUAAUCAUCGUAUCGUUUAUGAAAAUCAUGGAUAAUUACUCUUUUCUUCCCAUAGAAGAUUUAAAGUUUUUAAUCAAGGCAUUACUAUUGUAUGGUGUCAGUGGACUUCUGUAUUGCUACGUUUUUUCUUCUUUGUUCGAUUCAAUUUCGAUAUUUAUGCUGAUCAAUGUGGUUUUAAAUAUAUGCUGCUUAGUUUCUUUCUACGCGAUGGAAAUGAGAAAUUCACGUUUCGUUCCCAUGUUCAAAAUCUUGACCGCGAUUCUGCCUCCGUUUUCGUUUUUGAAUUUUCUCGCGCGAUUUCUAUACAUCGAGAUCAAUAACAACCAUUGUGUUUAUUGCCAAGAUUUCGAAAAGAGCGACUGUCGAGAAUCUGUGACUAAAAUAGGAAUGGACGACGACAUUCAGAUGACCAAAGAUAAACAUAUAGAUUCCGCGAUCAUUUUCAUGAAGUUUUUAUACGUCGAUAUUCUUCUUUACGGAAUUUUAUUAUAUUUGCUGAAUUCGAUGUGGGUGGCAAAAUUGUGUAAUUCUUUGACUAGUUUUAUUUUUGGUAAAAAAGUCUUCAUUGAUCCGAAUGAUGAAAGAGAUGAAGAUAAGUUUGUGUUAGCUGAAAAACAAUACGUUAAAGAUAUAUUCGAUCGAAACAAACCGAGUAAUCAUGCACUGAUGGUACACAAUUUGAAAAAAAAUAUAAUAGUUCCCGGAUUUCACAAAUUCACCGCAGUCGCUGAUGUGAAUUUUUACGUUGAUAAAAGUAGUUGUUUCGGUAUAGUUGGUAUAAAUGGAGCUGGAAAGUCAACCACCUUUAAGAUUUUAACCGCUUUUAUGCUUCCGACUGAUGGCGAUGCCAAAGUUCAUAAUAUAAGUUUGCAAAAACAAUUGAAGAAGUAUACAUCGAUGAUCGGAUCAUGUCCUCAGAGUAAUACGACUUUUGAAGAACUGACUGCAAGAGAAAUGCUGCAUUUGCAUGCAACCUUGAGAGGUUUAAAAGACGCUGACAAACAUGUGAAAAACUGGAUAUCAGUUUUAAACAUGGAGCACUUUCAAGAUAGCUUGAUCGAAACAUACAGCAGCGGAGGUAAAAGAAAAUUAUGCGUUGCUUUGUCCUUGAUCGGUGAUCCAAAAGUCGUGUUCUUGGAUGAACCAACCUCUGGUGUGGAUCCAGUUGCUAGACAAUCCAUGUAUCAAAUCAUAAAAAGCAAAAAACUGGCUGGUCAGUCUGUUGUCAUCGCAUCUCAUAACAUGAGGGAAUGUGAAAUAUUAUGUGACCGUGUGACUGUCCUACAUAACGGAGUUUUGAAACGAAUAGGUAGUAUCUCCGCGUUAAAGAAACAAUACGCGAAUGGUUUCACUUUAGUGGUAAAAUUACAUCUCGUGAUGGAUUACACUGACAGAGUCGUCUCCUUAAUUGAAACAAUUUUAAAGAAAUUCGAAAAAUUUCGUUGCUCGAUUAGAGAUCAACGACUGGGUAUAUUAAAAUUCCGGAUUUUAAGUGAAAGAAUUUUGUGGUCUGAGAUGUUCGGAAAAAUGGAGGACGUUAAAAGACUAUAUAAUAUGAUGAUAGAAGACUAUAUAAUUACGAAUGCUACAAUCGCAGAGGAAAUUUUCUUAUUGUCCUUGAGCAAUCCUGAAAGUUGAGAAAUGUUCAAAUAUCAUGCUCUACAAUGAAGAAAAAGAGUUUCAUCGUCAAUCCGGUAGAUGUUUUUAAACCGUAAAAUAGGUACCUACUUUCAACAAGAGUGUAUUAUAAUAAUUAUUUGAUGUA